GCAGCAUCCAUCCUCUUUUUAGCUUCAACUGUCUGACAGACGGCUUCAGCUGCCUUGUGUGCAGAGGUGGAGGAGCGUCUGGUGGGUCACCUGUUGUCGGCAGACCGCUACAACAAACUGAUCAGGCCGGCUGUCAACAACAGUCAACAAGUCACCAUUUUCAUCCAAGUGUCGCUCGCACAGCUCAUCAACGUGAAUGAGAGAGAACAAAUAAUGACCACCAACUGUUGGCUCACUCAGGUUUGGAACGACUAUAGAUUAAUGUGGGACCCUGAUGAAUAUGAGGGCAUCAAGAAAAUCCGCCUGCCGACACAACACAUUUGGCUGCCAGACAUCGUCCUGUACAACAAUGCUGACGGCACCUAUGAAGUCUCCUUCUACUCCAACGCGGUGGUCUCCAACAAUGGCGAGGUGGCCUGGCUCCCUCCCGCCAUCUACAAGUCGGCUUGCAAGAUCGAGGUCCGCGACUUUCCCUUCGACCAGCAGAACUGCACCCUAAAGUUUCGCUCGUGGACGUACGACCACACCGAGAUUGACCUCAUCCUCCUGAGUGACUUUGCCAGCCGCGAUGAUUUCAAACCCAGUGGAGAAUGGGACAUUGUAUCGCUCCCGGGCCGCAAGAAUGAAGACCCCGAUGACAUCAGGUACCUGGAUAUCACUUAUGACUUUAUCAUUAAGCGAAAACCUCUGUUCUACACCAUCAACCUGAUCAUCCCUUGUAUCCUAAUCACAUCUUUGGCCAUCCUGGUCUUCUACCUGCCAUCAGACUGUGGUGAGAAGAUGACGCUUUGCAUCUCUGUGCUUCUGGCCCUCACUGUGUUUUUACUCCUUAUCUCAAAGAUUGUGCCACCCACAUCUUUAGCAGUGCCUCUGAUCGGGAAGUACCUGAUGUUUACCAUGGUGCUUGUCACCUUUUCCAUCGUUACCAGUGUAUGUGUACUCAAUGUGCACCAUCGCUCCCCUAGUACGCACACCAUGCCUCCUUGGGUCAAACGCAUCUUCAUGUACCAACUUCCUUCCUACCUUUUCAUGAGGAGACCCGGCAGAUCCAACAUACGCGAGAGAUUCCGGAAAAAACACCAACAGCAAUCGUGCUCAGAGAAGAAAGCGGGGCCGGGUUCUUUAGGACUGGCCGACUCCUCGUCAUCUUUCUACGUCAACGAGGAGUCGGCUAAACGGUACGGCUGGACGUUCAGCGACUUUGCUGACAACACAGAGUUCAGGAAGAGGACGACAUUGAAAAGCAGCAUUGAUGUUGAGGACGCUGUGGAUGGAGUGCGCUAUAUUGCGGACAAGAUGAAGAGCGAAGAUGACGAUGAAGGGAUCAUAGAGGAUUGGAAGUACGUCGCAAUGGUGAUCGACCGACUAUUCCUGUGGAUCUUUGUAUGUGUGUGUGUGGUGGGAACUGUGGGCCUCUUCAUGCAGCCUCUGUUCCAGAGUUAUAACACACCCAUAGUUGAAGAUAUGGAGCAGAACUAA